AUGGCUGACGGCCGCCAGAGAGCCCGAUCGGCCGAGAAGCAGCCGGAGACGCCCCAGAGUGCGGCGGAGUGCCUUUGCGGCAGCAGCCGCUUGAGCAGGCUGACGCUGCGAUUCUCCGACAGUGGGUUGGAGGAUGGCUUCGCCAAGCACCGCGGGCCGAAGCUCAUCUCCAACAUGCGAAAGUGCGCGGCGUGCGGUACCAUUUUGGCCAUAGCGUGCCUAAUCAUUGAUCGGCCUUGGGACAAUACUAUCGAGCGCUACGAGAGUCCCCAAGACAUGCAUGCGAGAGAGAGCGCACGCGGGAUAGCUCUGGGCCUAGGUCUCUUAACGCUGAGCACGUUUACGGUGUGGUCUAUCCCCUUCAUGACUAAAGCUCAUACGUAUGCGCUGGAGAUUAUGGCCCUCUGUGUUAUUUCUAUGGGGCUCAUUGUUUAUAUAUUUUCAACGCCGUGGUACAGCGCAUGGGCUUUAGGCUACAUGCCAGCGGCGGUUAUUAAAGGAUCAACGGAUACACACUUGGUGCUGUUCAUUGUUGGUAUCCAGACGACUACCAACAUGGCGUUGCCGAUCCGAUUCUUUAUCGGUAUGUUUCUGAAUAUCGUGUGCAUUCUAUGCUACACCGUUCCAGUUUUUGUUUUUGGGGGACCCGAGAUGCAGAAUGCCCUUAUUCACCUGUGGUUCUUAGUAUGCAUCGUUGUUCUGGCAGCGGUAGGGAAGCACAGCCUCGAGUACCACGAACGUUUCAUGUACGUUGCCCUCCUCAACGAGAAGCGCCUGCGCUUCCAGUCAGAGUUCGCACUGUCCAACAUACAUCCGGAUAUGCACCCGGAUCUACCUCGUCAGCUUCCUUCCUUGAGCGGAGAGUCGGUUCCGUCAACUUCUGAUUCGGCACGCGCCUUCGCGCUGGACACUGAUACGCACGAGUGUGUACGACGACUUGCGCAGAUAGGGGAGAAGGAGCAAUGGUUGAUCCAUCAAGACGACCUGAGCAUGGAGCCGCUUCACUUGCUGGGCGAAGGGGGGUUCGGAAAAGUUUGCGCGGGGCUCUACCAGGGAGCAUCCGUGGCAAUGAAGGUUCCGAAAGAAUUCUUGACGCGAUCCCAUCUAGUAGCCAUGACCAACGAACUGCGCAUUCUGAGAAGGGUCAGGCAUCCAAACAUUGUGUCUCUUUAUGGGGCUUGCCUCGACGAGCGGAGGGGUACAAUAAUACUGGUCCUUGAGCGGGUGACGGGAGUUACCUUGGGGCAUUUCCUCAAGGCGAAGCGAGAGGAGGGUCGAACCGUUCCUUUCAUGCGAGGCUCCCCGAGUGAGGAAGACCGAGUGCAGGUACUAGUGGGCUUAUCGUCAGCAUUGUGCCAUCUGCAUUCGCGGAAACCCCUUAUAGUGCACGGCGACCUGAAGCCAUCAAACGUUUUUGUUGUAAAUGAUUGCUCAUGGACGCCAGUCAAAGCAAAGCUGCUAGACUUUGGGCUUGCAAGAUCUUUGACUAAACAUGCGAACCCGUUGGGGGGAACUCCCCGUUGGGCAGCACCAGAGGUGUUCCAUGGCCGCUCAAGGCCCAGCACUUUAGCAGAUGUCUAUUCGUUUGGCCGCAUAAUCUUCAUCACGGUGACUGGCCUACAGCCUGGCGCUCAUCCGAUGUACCCAGAUGCGAUGCAAGGGCAUCAGCUUCACCACGAGCUCGAUUUUUUAGUCGGCAACGGGCUUGCAGGAAAGAGCAAGGUUCUCAUAGAGAAGUGCAGCAGUCGCGAGGUUACAAUCCGGCCGUCCAUGCGGGAGGUGCACUCAGAAGUUCUAGCUUGGAGGGAAGAAGUGGUCGGAUGUCUUUCCAAUAGAUCAGACGGACAGCCCAACUCCGGUGAUGUGUCGCUCUCGGCUGUAGUGGCGAGCGAGCCAAGAACAAUUACUGCACAGACAGACGGGUUUCUUUCGGCUGAAACGAUAAGGGUUUAG